CACUAAACACUGCACCACCCAUCUUCCGCCAUGGCCGACCGCGAGCAGCCGUACGACCCGUACAUUCCCUCUGGAGGCCAGCAGGGCCAGGGCCAGAAUGGCAACCACCGCACUGCUGCGCUCCAAGCGGUACGUCAUCCCUUCGCCUCUUGUGAUUUGCAGGGUGUUGCAGCCGUGUUUUGCAGCCUUGUGGAUGAGUCGUGAUUGUGGUCGCGGAGUUGCUCCCGGAGCCGAGCUUGCCCCAGACCGUCAUCAGCGUUGCGACCACAGCUGCGCAUUCGAUGCAUAUACUCAACGUGCACAUACAACACACGCGCAUUGCCUAUAGCUCUUGCGCGUCUGUAUGCACUCAAGAUGCUGUCUUUCCAUGGAUAUGCAUAACCCUGACUCUAUUCAUACACGUCCUCAAAGCACAUGCUGACUCGUGGCUCAGGAAAUCGACAGCACAGUCGGCAUCAUGCGCGACAACAUCAACAAGGUCUCUGAGCGAGGUGCCCGUCUAGACUCGCUGCAGGACAAGACCGACAACCUCGCCCAGUCGGCCCAGGGUUUCCGAAAGGGCGCCAACCGCGUGCGCAAGCAGAUGUGGUGGAAGGACAUGAAGAUGCGCAUGUGCCUCGUCGUCGGCAUCAUCAUUCUGCUUGUCAUCAUCAUUGUCCCCUCUGUCGUUGCUACGAAAAAGAACUGAAUGCCAGCACGCCAGAUACUAUGAAACAUAACCUACAUAUUAAUGAGUUGGAGCGAAUGGAUUUGCAUAGCCCGAGUAGGCGGAGGCGACGGCGACGGCGGUUACGACUUGCACUGUUCACGAUACCGGGUCCUCUGGGAUCCAGGUCUAUGAC